AUGAGCAGCGGCAUUCACCGAAAGCGUCUGGCAUGUGUCGAAUGUACCCGUCGUAAAGUCAAGUGCGACAAGAACCUGCCAUGUCGCAAUUGCGCCAGAAAAGGCACCCCGUGCACUCGGCCGCGCGAGCGGGCUUCCCCGACCCCCAGUGUCGCUCCGUCCGUGGGACAUGAGCAGCAUUUUUUUAUUCGGUCGAGCGCAGAUUCUUUGCAGAUGAUUCAUAGGCUUCAGUCUCGGGUCGACCGACUUGAGUCGGCGCUGAAAGAGGCGACCAAGACCGCAUCACCUCCGAGCAUGCCGAUGCCCGAAGUACAGUUCAAUAGCAAUUCGUUCACGCCGGCCGAGUCAGUUUCAAUCAACGCUUCUCCAAGGUCUUUGCAAACAUCAACACCCACGGUACAAACAAUACACACUGAGACAUUGAAUACGCCGAACGAAGUAGAGGAUGCAGCGACAAUUCUUGACUUCUUGGUCUGGGGUCGCCGCAAAGAUCCUACUUAUCAUGAUGAGAUCGCAAAGAGAAACAAUAUUGAGCAUUCACCCGGUGAUGUCCCGACAGAGGAUGAAUGGGAUGAUUCCCAAAAGGUCUACCAAUUGGUGGAUUACCACUGCACAUGUUUGCUGUGGUACCAUGGAGCUUUUCACGCAAAGACAUUCAUGCAAGAGCUUGGUGAAUUUUAUGAGAAGGGAGACGGCCGUAUUGAUGGUUCCCUUGUCAAUUUACAAUGGGUUUCCCUUCUAUUCGCCGUCCUCACGGGAUCCAUGGCUAGUGCACCGUCGUCAAUAGCGCAAUCAUGGGGAUUCCGAGGACGAGAAAGAAAUUCUCUCUCCAAGCGCCGGCUUAAAGCGUCGAUUGCUUGCUUGCAUGAAGCCGACUACAUGGCGUGCCAUUCUAUUUACUCUGUCCAAGCGAUAGCGACUCUGACCAUAACCGCACACAUGCUUGGCCAAUCGAAUGGAUUCUCGGUGCUCCUAGCCUCUGGUGUACGGAUAGCUCAGGGACUUGGACUUCAUCAACUUGGCGAAGGAAGCGAUUCUCGGGCUACCGAUGUGGUAAGUCGUGAGAUUGGCCGGCGUAUUUGGUGUCAGCUGUGCAUUCAAGAUUGGUUCUCAAUUCCCUUCACCGAGAGCUACUUGAUUCAUCGGCUAGCAUUCAGUACCAAGAAGCCGCAAAAUUGCGACAAUGAUAUUCAAAGUCUUCCAGAGGAUCAUCCAACUGUGACUAGCUACUCGCGCCUAUUCUACGACAUUGCGGCUUUGAUGCCAGAUCUUCAGGAUGAUGUCACCUUGUGCAACACGUUGUACACUAAGUAUGAAGAAGUUCUAAAGUACGAUCGACGACUGCGCAUCCUAGCGACACGGCAUCUUCCCUUGGCCAUCAGCUCGGCGCACAAAGUAAUAAUGAUCCACCGGGAGUUCUUGAGCUUGAGUUUUGUGAACCCAACGUUCGAAUUUACUCGCAAAACCUGUGCGGCAGCCUCCAGGACAAUCAUUAAGGAGCAGAAAGAGGCUACUCGAGAUGGCGGGCCGAUGUUGUGGAUUCAUCAGGCGUUCAGCGUUACUGCAAGCAUCAUCCUGUGUCUAGAAAUACGCCAUCAGCCUGGCCCAGACCGACAGUCCGCCGAGCAUCGGCAGCUCGUGGAGGAUGGGAUCGAGAUCCUUACGCACUGCGAGUCCGAGAUGAUCGGUCGACGGGGUGUCUUUCUCCUCAGAGCAAUGUUGGACGCUGAGCAGAAUAAAUCCAGAGAGAGGCGGCAAAUCGCAGAAAUUCGCGAAUCACAGUCGCUUGGGGUGGACGCAACGCACGACGGAAUGGACAUUGCCGGUGUCAUUCGAACAUUCUAUCAACGUGAUCGGGCAAGUUCAGCCCGACCUAUGCUUCCAGGUCGACCUUCACGGAAAGCGACCGGGCAUGAAAAUUGGACAGAAAAGACAAGUGAUGUAUCAGGGAUGAUGCCAAAUGUGGAUUUCAUCGCACCGCUGGGAGUUGAUUAUGCGGAGGGGCUGGAGGAUAUCCUGAGUCUGGCAACUAACUACCUCAAUUGA